UCAUCUUCAAUCUUCAUAUAUAUAAAUAGCAAUGUAUUAUACUGUAACUUCAAUCCCAUCACCAUUCAUAUAUAGUAAUAUUAUCUAUCACACAACUUCACUUUCACUUUCCAAGUACCAUGUUCUACCCAUUCAGACCACCUUCAUGUUGUUACAUUCCAAUCAUAAAUCACAACAAAAACAACCCUUCUUGUGUUUUUUUUACUCUUUCAUCACAAAACAACAUCUGACAUUUUUUGUCAAGAUCAACUUAGAUUUACCACAUAGGUGCUUUCAAUUUCUCAUUGUUUUACUGUGAUUUUGGGUCCUUCUAGCUCUCCAUUCAAGCACAUAUGCUUAGAGAUAUCUGUGCUGUCCAAAAGGGUGAUCACAGACACUACUGUCAGUGUCCUUAGCUUUCAGUUCAUGGUCUGUGAAUGCAUGGAUAAUUUGCUCUGUGAUGAGGUGUGGCUUUCAAAUUCUGAAAACACCUUUGAAGAAGAAGUUGGUGAUUUUGUUUCACUAAAGAGUUAUGAAAACAAAGAGUUUGAAGAGACUUUUGCACUGUAUCUAGAGAAGGAGGCUUCUUCUUUGCCAGAACAAGACUAUGCAAAAUACUUGCACUCCAACAAUUUGUUUGUUCCUAGGUGUAGAGUUAUUCAAUGGCUUGUCAAGUGUGGAAGUCACUUUAAUCUUUCUUUUGGAACAGUUUUCUUGGCUGUUAACUAUCUUGAUCGCUUUGUAUCCAUUUGUCAAAGCAAUGAUUGGAAAUACUGGAUGCUUGAAUUGCUUUCUAUUUCUUGCUUAUCAGUUGCCAUAAAGUUCAAUGAGAAAUCAGCACUUUCCAUGCAUGAAAUUCAGGUGGAGGGCUUGAAUUACUCAUUCGAAUCAAGUGUAAUUUUGAAGAUGGAGUUGAUCCUAUUGAAAGCAUUGGGGUGGAACCUUAACUCUGUGACAAGUUAUUCUUUUCUGGAAAUUGUGGAUAGUGAUUUCUUGGAAUCUCAUCUUUAUCAGAAGCUUAUUUCACAUGCCACUGAACUCCUUCUCCAAGCUACUUUAGAUCAGAAAAUGCUGGAAUUCAGGCCAAGCAUUAUUGGCAUAUCUGCAUUGUGCUGCACUCUUGAACAUUUAUUUCCACAAACAUCAGAUACUUACAUUGCUUACAUUAUGAGACUCUUGAACCAAAGUCAGAAGGAUGAUAUGAUAAAGUGUGAUGAGUUGAUGCAAAGACAGAGUUCAUUCUGGUGUGAAAAUGAGCGCCAUUGCCCAUUAAGCCCAACAACAGUACUGUUGAACACAUGAACUCGCAUUUAUGAUGGCUAAAUCGAUGACUUUAUCUUUAUUUCUGAUGUUCAAACGCAUCCUUAACUUAUUCAAUUUUCUGAAAGAUUUUAAUGUGUGGUAAACUAACCAUGACAUUUAUGACUUGUAAGCCAUUUUGAAUCAAUAAAAAUUUCUUAUA